GACGAACUCAAGUGUUGUACAGUAUAUUAAAAUAAACAUUUAAUCCAAGUCUAAAAGAUUUUAAAUAUUAAAGUUUUAGCAAAUUGAUUGAAAUAAGUCGUGAUUUACGAGUAUUUGAUAGACAGUGAGUAUUAAAUCCAAUCAAAUUGUGUAAACGAAAUGUUGGGUCAAAAGAUUGAAAUCGAUGGCAUCCUUAUUCACUUCGAGAAAGUAGGGACGGGUCCUGAAAAGGUUCUCCUAUUACCCGGAGGCUUAGGCACGAGUAGAACUGAUUUCACCCAUCAAUUGGAAAGUUUUGAUCCAAACGUGUUUACACUCAUCGCAUGGGAUCCUCCGGGUUAUGGUUUCAGUCGACCGCCGGAUAGGCGUUGGUCUAAAGAUGUUUACGCCAGGGAUGCAGACAUUGCCGCAAAACUAAUGGAG